GAUUAUGACGGUUUCCGACAUUUACCUGGCUAGGUUGCAGUGACAGCUGUUCAGUGAUUAGUAAACAAUACGGUGUGAAAAUUAUUGUGUUUGUUCGUCCUCGUCUGCAGAAUGAACGUUUUGGAGCCAACGGAGCACCUUCUGGCUCUGAAAGUUAUGCGCUUAACACGUCCCACUUUGGUCAGUCCUCAAAUUAUCACAUCGGAGACGAAAGAUUUGCCUCAAAACAUCCUCCAGGAAACACUUCGAAAUGAUAUCACGGCCGUCGCAGGGUCAGAAACCCUAGCCGCCGGCCAAUUUAUGCUUUUACCACAGAGUUUCGGAAACAUUUACUUAGGCGAGACCUUCGCCAGCUACAUCUGCGUCCACAACUGCACAACUCACCCGGUGGAAGGGGUCACGGUGAAAGCUGACUUGCAGUCGAACAGUACACGUAUCAGUCUGCCGAUGCACGAGAAGCAGACGGCGCCGGUUACACUGAACCCAGGGAACACGCUCGACGACGUCAUCCACCACGAAGUGAAGGAGAUUGGGACACAUAUACUAGUGUGUGAAGUUCACUAUAACACGCCUGCUGGGUUCCCGCAAUCGUUUAGGAAAUUUUUCAAAUUUCAAGUAUUGAAACCGUUGGACGUUAAGACGAAGUUCUACAACGCCGAGACUGACGAGGUCUACUUGGAAGCGCAGAUUCAGAACAUAACGGCUGGCCCGAUUUGUCUGGAGAAGGUGGAGUUGGACUCUUCCGAACAGUACACAGUUUCAUCUCUCAACACGCUUCCCAAUGGCGAGUCUGUGUUCAAGGCGAAGAACAUGCUUCAACCCAAAAACAGCUGCCAGUUCCUCUAUUGUAUAAAGCCAAUCCCAGAAAUUGCAAAAGAUAUCAAGGCCCUACGAGAUGCAAAUAAUAUCGGCAAACUAGAUAUUGUGUGGCGUUCGAAUUUGGGAGAGCGUGGCCGCCUUCAGACAAGUCAACUGCAACGGAGUCCCAUCGAAUACAACGACCUACGACUCUUGGUUGUUCAAGCAAAUAACAUGGUGAAAAUCGGCGAACCAUUUACAUUCAUCUGCCAAGUAACAAACACCAGUGAUCAUACUGUGGAUUUGAGUGCGAAACUUGACACGAAACCUAGAGCGGGAUGUGAAUAUACGGGUUCGGCUGAAUUUCAUUUAGGGACCAUUGAGCCCGGAAAAGCAAAAGAGUUCCCUCUUACAGUGUGUCCGACAAAGCUAGGACUAGUGAAAAUAACGAAUUUAUUAUUGACUAACACUUACCAAAAGAGAACUUAUGAAUUUGACGACUUUGUGCAGGUGUUUGUCGUCGAUUCGGAUUACUAUGAAGAUGAGCCAUUCCAAAUGAAUAAAUUUGUUCGUUAUGAUGUUGCACAGAAAGUGUAAAUUUUCUGUAUUAGAUGAUCCCAAUACAACUAUAUUCAAAUAUUA